UUUUCCAAGCAGCUUUUUUCCGUUUUAACCCACCCCGAGCCCUAGCGGACGCCCACCUCCUCCUAUCAUAAUCGGCGUCGGCUUUCCCCCUCCAAUCUCCCUCAGGUGCUUUCUUCCUACAGUUCUCCGAAAAAGAGAUACGACGACCUCCUCCCUACUUUCCUCGCCGCCACCUCCUACCGGUCUCAGCCGUCGCCUUCCUCCCCAUCGUUACCGGCGUCGGCCUGCCCUUCCGAUCUCCCUCAGAUUUUGAACCGAACCGAACGGGUUCAUGCUAGGUCGGCCCUAGCUUCGCUAAGGAGGACUCGCUUGCCGCUGCAGCACCACUUCUCUUCCCCUAAACCAGAAGGCAACCAUAAAACACCUCAAACCAACCAGAUUCCAAUAAAAAGGACCAAUAAUGCAAAACGAUGAGAUAAUAUGGCAAGUAAUCAGGCACAACCAUUGCAGCUUCAUGGCCAAAAUCACUACUGGGAUUUUCUGUAGAAAUCCGUACAAUGUUACAGGCAUCUGCAAUCGAAGUUCGUGCCCUCUUGCCAACAGCCGUUAUGCCACUAUCCGUGAUCACGAUGGGGUUUUUUACUUAUACAUGAAAACUAUUGAAAGGGCUCAUAAGCCAAAUGAAUUGUGGGAAAAAGUUAAACUGCCCAGAAAUUAUGAGAAGGCUUUAGAAACUAUUGACAAACACUUGGAAUAUUGGCCGAAGUUACUUGUGCAUAAAAUCAAGCAACGUCUCACCAAAAUGACUCAAUAUCGGAUCCGUAUGAGGAAGCUCCAGUUGAAAGUGAGGGAGAAGAUUAUGACGGUGCCUAGGAAAGAGAAGAAAAGAGAGGCUAGGAGGGAGGAAAAGGCUGAAAAGGCUGCAGUUCUGGAUAAGAGUAUUGAGAAUGAAUUGUUGGAACGUCUAAAGAAAGGUGUUUAUGGUGACAUAUACAACUAUCCUGUUGAGGCAUAUAAUAAUGUCCUUGAAAUGGAGGGGCUACAGCCCAGCAUUGAAGAAGAAGAUGAAGAACCUGAAGUGGAGUAUGUUGAAGGCUACGAUGGACUUGAAGAGGAAGAGGACAUUGAAGACUUUGGAGGAUUUGUAAAGGAUGAGUCAUUGAAGGAAGAUGAUUAUGAUGACAUGCAUGAGGAUGAGGAAGAGAUGGAUCCAUCUGAUCAACCGGUUGUGAAGAAAAUGCGAAGAGGAUCUGGGUCUGAUUCAGGAACAAACGUGAAAAGAAAAGGGAGAGUACUUAUCGAGGUGGAACGUGAUGAAGAUGUCGAUGAUGGACAAAAGAUGCAUAUGAGUUUAAGAUAAAGAGUUGAUUUUAUUCAUAUUCUCUGUAUUAUUAAAACCUCUCUGAGAUUAUCCUACAGAGAGGAUUUUGUAGAAGCCGUGAGACGAACUCUUCUCUCUCCCCAAAGAUAAAUUUUGAAGUAGUGUUUAGGGACGAAUGAUGGAUAGGGACGAUUGAUGAAUAUUUAGAUGAUGCCUUUGUACUUUUCUCUCCAU